AUGCUCCAUUCCCCAAAUGCAAUGGUAAUAUAUAAUAUAAACUUAAAAAUGAUGACUCACACUUCAGGCACCAAAGAUCCUUCACUGGUCAAAUUGAAAAGGAAGGAAGGAAGGAAGGAAGGAAGACACUUUGAUCACCUUUUGGAUGGGCAUUCAGCCACACAUGGCUUUUUCCGAAACUGAGUAGGCUGCUUUGCCUGUCAUGCUCAGAAUAAGGCAAAGCAGGUGAGAUAAAAAUGAGAGAGGAUUUUGGACUGCGGAAGAUGCUGAAUUCUAGUUAGUUAGGCUCGGUGUUUUUAGAGCCAAUCUAUGUGUCAAGAAUAAUCACAUGACAGAGACUUUUGUGGACCCUAUCACUCCUCCAACCUGCAUGCUUGAAUGUUAGGAGAAGAAACUAUGAUAGUGUAAAUCCUUCACUUGGACAUGUACAGUGGUACCUCAGGUUAAGGACUCAAUUUGUUCUGGAGGUCCGUUCUUAACCUGAAACUGUUCUUACCCUGAGGUACCACUUUAGCUAAUGGGGCCUCCUGCUGCCGCUGCGCGAUUUCUGUUCUCAUCCUGAAGCAAAGUUCUUAACCUGAUGUACUAUUUCUGGGUUAGCGGAGUCUGUAACCCAAGGUACCACUGUAUGUUUCUCUGUAGACUGAAAGCUGUUAAGAGUCAGCCCAAAGGCCUCCCUCCACUUCUCCCUAAUCCUAAAUGUACUAUUUUGGCCAAACAGAAGAUGAGGGAAACUGGCUAAGAACUUUUAAGUAAUAUGAUGAAGAAUGAGCUACAGAAAACACACUUCCAAUGCAGUCCUAGGGAUGUCUAAUCAGUAGUCCUGGGAUCACUGGGGCUUAGGUGGCAAUGCCAUACCCUCUUCCUUGGGAGUAAGUCUAAUUGAACUCAAUGGAGCUUACUUCUGAGUUGACUUACAUAGGAGUUCAUGGUUAGUGUCAACUGCAUUUAGAAUUUAAGUGGGCUAUAACUGUCAGUUUGCAUUUCUUAGUACAGAAAGUAUUGAUCUGAUGUGUAGAGAUAUUUCCUGUUCUGCAGCCCUGUUUAGGGAAGCUUUUAAUGUUUGAUGGAUUACUGUAUUUUAAUAUUUUGUUGGAAGCCGCCCAAAGUGGCUGGGGAAGCCCAGCCAGAUGGGCGGGGUAUAAAUUAUUAUUAUUACUAUUAUUAUUAUUAUUAUUAAUUCAAGAGGGUUUUGGAAGCUUCUCUGUGUGACAGAAAGUUCAUGAUGUUGGGUUAUUGUUUGGGUUAUAUUGUUUCAGCUGGUUUAAACUGGUUCUCUUAUCUCUUUCUGUCAAGGUCAUGCUGACUAUAAAAAUAUGGCUAGAAGAAGCCUGGGUUUCACGUUCUCUUUCUGUCUAUCUGUUCUAGUGUGGUGUGGUGUUCUGUAUGCUAUGGUGUUAAGGUUUAGUCUCUUUAUAAGUUAUUAAGGUUAAGUCUGCUGCAACUGGAUUUCUUAUGGACCGUGCCAAUCCUGAAUGUAUUGGAUCUGUGAUCAUUAUGCUCAUUUGCCUACAGUAGCAGUACUCUGCUGGAUGAAGUACAAUUGCCUCUGGUCUAUUUUUGGGAACUCUGCAAUGUGUUUAAGUUUUUUCCUCCUCUGGAUGACAAUAACUUGCUCGUUUUUCCCUUCAAAUAAUUCAAAGAUUAUCUACAGAAAUAUUGUAAAAUUAAUGAAUGUUAGAAUGAUGUUGAAGUGGAAUACAAAAAAGGGAGGUAUGAGGAGGUCCAGGAAAUAAGUCAAAGGAAAAUAAGUAAUGGAAAAUCUGUGUGUUUUUAACUAUUUUUAUUUUGUAUUUUUGUUAUUUUUUUUUCAUUUUUAUUGUAAUAUUUUAAAAAAUCUUAAUAAAUAUCUUAUAUAUAAAAAAAAAGACAAUAACUUGCUCGUUGCCACAGGAAGGUCCGGCAACUGAUAAGUCAUAGCUGAACCUGGGAAUAGCCUUUUGAAAAGUAUUGUAGCUGAGACAAUAUCAAAAGUCUGCCUGAGUUAAUUUGUUGCCUUUCUACUAAGGCACCUAAGAUGUUGUGAGUUUGGGGGAUUCCAUUGUUGAUGAAACCAGACAGAUUUCUUGGUGAGGUAAUGACCCUAAGUAUUGGUCAUUGGUAUAAGAAAGGAAUUUGCAAGUGGGAGGGACCUCUCCCUUACCUGACUGAUAGUGAGAAAGACAAAAACCAAAUUGUGUGUGAGCUAGAGCUGGGUUAAAAGCAGGCUACUGGCAGAAUCCAGCAAGUGACAGCCAUGCUUGAUUUCUGCUUGAAUCCAAGGCUGUGACUACAGGAGAAGCAAGACCUUCUAGGUUGUUAAUGCUGUGAGCCCCUCCACCACAGGCUCAGGUUUCAUAUACAGUGGUACCUCAGGUUACAUACGCUUCAGGUUACAUACUCCGCUAGCCCAGAAACAGUGCUUCAGGUUAAGAACUUUGCUUCAGGUUGAGAACAGAAAUUGUGCUCCGGUGGCGGGGCAGCAGCAGCAGGAGGCCCCAUUAGCUAAAGUGGUGCUUCAGGUUAAGAACAGUUUCAGGUUAAGUACGGACCUCUAGAACGAAUUAAGUACUUAACCCGAGGUACCACUGUAUGUGUAAAUAAAUCAUAUAUCAGAAAGACACCACAGUCUCUGCUGUCCUUCAUUCCAAGGAAACCAAACCCUUGGAAUCCCACACUGCUCAGAGAUUGGGGUGGCAUGCAUCACUACUUUAAAAUAUCAUACCGUAAUUACAAUUUAAACUUUUAGAAUAAACAAAUAGUACAAAAUAUUCUCAGGCCAACUUCAAGAGCUGGUGGCACAGGCUUCCUGGUCUGGCCUUCCACACUUCUACCUUCUCUCAGAGCACACAGUAACUUCUGAAGUCGCUGGACAUAGGAGCCAACUCCUGGGGCCCAAGGGGUCUUCACCUUCCAUAAAAUAUUGGAUGGGGCCGGGUCCCCUCCCCAAAGUUGAUGGGCAUUGCCAUUCAAAUAGUGUGUGCACACCACAUCAUGUGAUCAGUUAUGCAGGGUGGGGCCUACCUAUCCCCCCAAUAUUUUAUUCAAGUUGGAACCCCUGCCCUGGGAAAGUGGGAGGGGGGUACUCCACCAGGCUGUUGAUGAUUUUUUGGAUCUAUAAAGUUCUUUAUUUGUACAUGCAAACCAUUGACUGAUGCUGCCGUAGCAUAUAAUGAACAUACAGGUGCAAACCAGCCAUUAUCUCAAGUGUGGAGAACCUUUGCCAACCCCCCCCCUCCCAUGUUGCUAAACUACAGCUCCCAUCAUCCCUGGCCACUGACCAUGCUUACUGGGGUUAACACAGUUGUAGUUCAGUAACAUCUGCAGGAUCGAUGUUUCCCCACCUUACCUAAAGUAGGUCUACACAUCACUUGUGAAAACUCCAUAAACCCUUUCCCCAGGAGAACUCUGCAGAAGUGAAUCCUGUACCAAAGCCCAUUAUAGAAGCAGAGUGGGCAGAGGCAAACCAUGACACGGUUUCUGUGCGCUGAACAGUUGUGUAGAAGCAGCUUUUCUGCUGAAAUCCCCUCUUUUACAUUGGGCAGAAGGUAGAUCUGGAUCAACUAGUAGAUCUCUAUGUGACUCCCACCAGUUUAACGAUGGCAGCAACAAGAUGAGUUCCCCCUGCCUUACACUAUAUAGAGAAAAUAUAUAUAUUCUCUCUCUAUAUAGGUUAAGCAGGAGUGGAAGGACUGUGGACUUAGUUCAGUUCUGGUAUUCAAAAUGAAUUCCUGGGCUUACAAUUCUUUAAAUUCUUAUGAAUCAGGUUGGGGCAUCUCCAGGUUCUGGCGGGGCCAAAACAGAUCCCGCAGGUAUGGAGUCUGCCCACGCAACACUAACAACAGAGGACAGGUCUUCUGUACCUGUUUCUCCCCCCCCCCCCCACCUUCUCUCUCCCUCUCCCAAGAGAGCUUCUGUUCCUUUCUGUGGGCGGCACCUACCCUAUUCUCGUGCCCUUUUUUUUUUUUUGGCAGCAGCUUCCCUCCUUCUGACACUCCCUCCGAGAGCCACACUUCCUCCUGUACUUUGCUUCCGAAGGCGGCUCCUUUCUAACCAUUCAAAGAAACCGGAGAAGGAAUCCUGCGCAGGGGAAUCUGAUCAAGGUGAGCGUGGAGAUGAGGGCGCACCACGAGGGUGGGCAACCGGUGGUGGGCGGCGGCGGCGGCAUGGAGGGGCUCGGUGGUUGGCCAGCCUACUCAGAGCUGGGGCUCAUGGAUGAAUGCAUGCAGCCAUUAAGUAAAACCUGCGUUUUUGGCGCUGAGAUCCAAGCCGGUGGCGAUUUUGGGGAGCCCGGGGAUCUCCCGCCCCGGCCCUGCUUAGGAAGGAGGCGGCGUGUCAACCUGCAGUACUUCCGCACCGGGGUCCCCCACGUGACCUGCUGCACGCGGUUGGGGACUGAAAGGAAGAAGCCGCCGGUGCGCGUCACGUAUUAUGUUUUAUUUUAAGAAAAAGGGGUGGGGAAGGGGUCUGAAGACUCCUUCCCCCCUUUUCUUAAAUUAAAUAAAAAUAUAUCAGGAUUUUGCUACUGCUAAGGGUUUGUGAUGGGCUCUCAGCUCGGAAGGGCGCGCUGGUUUCAUAUGGAAUCAGGGCUGAUCUUCUCCCUAGUAAAAUAAAACAAAAAAUCAACAUGCUUUGCGGGACUUAAUGCUCGGCAUAAUGGCAGCACCAGGGUGGCAUUCCUAAGCAAGCUUAUUUUGGGUGGGCGGAGUGGGGCCGGCUUCCAAGCAAAAAAGCCUGGGGUCGGGGCUGCAAGGCUCGCUCCCGGGGCGGCACGUGCGCCGGCGUCCGCUUUCCUCCAAUCGGCGCCUGCGAGUUGUUUCCACGCCAACAGUUCCCACUUCCCCGUGUCCGCCCCGCCUCCGUCUCCUCAUUGAGUCUCCAGCACAGGUUUCCUCACGGAAGAGCUGGCGCGGCGCGCCUUCUGGGUUUGCUGCUGCUGCUCUUGGAAGCAAAUGACGAAGAAAGCAGCGUGUGACCUGUGGGGUGGGGGACGCGCACAGGCAAAGAGCUGUUUUGCCGAGGUAGCCUGGGAAAGGAGGGUUUGUGGAAGCCCAGGGAAGCAGCAGCAGCAGCAGCAGCAGCAGCGAGGAAGGCUCCCUUGGCGUGAUCUGAACCCAGAGGCAACAUUGCCAAAUUAGGUUGUGCAAAGCAUCAGGAAGGAAGUUACUCAGCGGCUGGUUUACAGAGCGCUGAACCCACACGAAAGGAAUUUGUGGUCCUAAACACAACCAACCCAUUUCCUGCCUCUCUUGCACUCCUAGGACCAGCAUCCUAAGUCAACUCCCCCACUAACAUUUAGCUGUUGCAGGGGUGAGGAAUCUCCACUUUUUCCAGAUAGCAUGGCCACUGGUCAGGGGUGAUAGGAGUUGCAAUUAUACAGCCUCCUGAUCUAUUGGGAUCCAACUCCAUGCCUUAGCAUUCUGUGAAAAUUUGCAGAUAAAUAUAUCCUUUCAACACCUCGGGAUAAUGUGUGAACAGAAACAUAUUCAAGGAGACAUUGGCCACUUCCCGCCACAUUUAUGCUAUUUCAAGUAUUCCAGUCUUCAGCUGGGAAUAUACUUGUUCCAAGUUGUUAUUGCAUUUCAUGUAAUUGUGGAAGCAGGAUCAUGACAGGGAUACAUGUGUGUGUAGCGGCUACAGUCAUUUACUCACUUGCUGGGAAGUAAGUCUCAUUGAACUCAAUUGCUCUUCUGAGUAGACAUGUUUAGGAUUCUACUUCUUAACUGAAAAUAUGGCAGUUUCUUAGCCAUCAUGGUUAUAGCAAACAGACAGGAAAUUAAGAGACAGUCUGCUAAAGUCUCUGUCCUGCUUCUAAUACGUUCUGUGUUCAGUGUUAAAGUGAUAAGGUGAAUGUCUCUAUUGAAACAUCAUCUGGGGGUAGUAAUAGUUUGUGGACUGAUUCUUGAAGAAGAACUUGCAUGUCUGUCAACUCCUGUUCAAGGGUUUAGUUCUGGACAUUCUGUGGGAGAUAUCCAACUAAUUUGUCCCAUCAGCACAAGGAUUUCUGCUGGCACAAUGAAACUCAAUCCCCCAGCCCCUAAAUCUGUUUUGGGAUUUCCCCCAGCUCUCCAGUACAGAUUUUGGAUGGGUGUGGGGUAUGUGGGCAGGAGAGAAGACAGAGGGAAAGUUCUGUUGUGUAAGCAGAAAUCCUUGUGCUGACAUGACAUGUUAGGGCGGUAUCCAGAUAUGCGGUUCAUAUACAGAAACAAUAAUUUUAUCCAGUAAAAAUGGCAUUGGUUGGCAAUUUUGCUUCAGCGAGUCAGUAUCAUUGGAGUACAACACAGCACAUUUUGAAGAGGUGGUGAUGUUACAGCAUACGUUGUCAGGAUGCUGUGGUCUGCGACCACCUGCCUAUCUAUGAUAAAAUCAUGUUUUUGGUGUUUGGCCGUUUUACUCUUCCACUUUUCUUUCAGAGGAACUGUGAAACCACUUCGUGUGCAAUGUUUCUUUUUAAAAUGUACACCUAAUGAGACAAAUAUGUAUGGAAACACUUAUAUUCCACAAGUAUACAAAUCAGAGAGACAGCAUUGACUGCAGUUCUCUGCUGAAUGUACGCUCAGUGGCAAAUCCUAGUUUACUGCUGUGUAAUGUGUGGCAUAAUCCUCAUGGCACGCUACCAGCUUACACAAUUCCACCAUCAACUGUAACUUCAUUGUUUUUGGAAAAACAACAACUUCUCUUUUCCUACCAGAGGAACAAAAAAGAUAAAACUAAUGGCUGGCCUCCACAUGUUCACUUUGCAUUGCUUCAUGUGACUGCCGUUACUAUAUAAUGAAACACUUGUGUUCAGGGCUUACUACACAGAUUGGGUCAUUUCUUUAACGCAGAGCAAAUUAUCAUCAAAUUUUGAUGUGGUAGCAUGAUAAGCACUGCCUGAUUCACAUGGUAAACUCCUCUAGUGCUGUUUUAUGUGCUGUGUGGAGCAUGUUAAAGUGACAGUAAUGUGUCAGCAGCAACGCUUAAACUUUUUCUCAGCCUAUGGGCAGAUAUUCUGUUACAGUAUUACAGAUAUUCUGUUCUAUGUAGUACAACCUGUUGCACUUUGGGUGCCACACAUUCAUGUUCACACACACAUGCCCUUUCUGAAAGCAUAUGGAAUACAAUCCUUUAAUUAGCCAUGCUGGAAUUAAAUAUGGCACUUCUCUCCAAUUUAGACCAGAGCUGAAGGAAUAAACCACCUGUGGUGUCAAAAUUAACAAUGCUUAUUCCAAUAACCUGAGCACAAAAUGCACAUGGACCAUAAACUAUCUAGAACCAGUAAUCAGAGAAGACUGUGCCAGUUUUUCCUUUUGUUUUGUUGAGGAAAGUAGUGAUUUAAAUCCUGCGGGUUGUAUCCAGCUCAAGUCAUACUCCAAGCAGACCUACUGAUAUUAAUGGAUUUAAGUGAAUUAAUAGUGGCCAAUUAAAAAAAAUAAAAUGUAAAAAGAUGGUGAAUCACAGAAUCAUAGCAUUGGAAGGGACCCUGAGGAUCAACUACUCCAGGCUUCCUGAACCUCGGCCCUCCAGAUGUUUUGAGACUACAAUUCCCAUCAUCCCUGACCACUGGUCCUGCUAGCUAGGGAUCAUGGGAGUUGUAGGCCAAAAACAUUGAGGCAGCCUGAACUAGUCCAACCCCCUGCAAUGCAGGAAUAUGCAGCUGUAAUUGAGGCUGUGCAUGAGACUGGGAUCGAGGGAAGCAUGGCUGCCGCAUCCCCACACUGCCCUCUCCAAGAAGCCUUGCAAGGCUCGGAUCCACAGAGGGUGGCACGAAGAGGGCACAGCAGCCAUGCCACUCAGCACUGGUGUUGCUCCAGUGGCGGUAGGGGCUGAGCGGGCACAGUGGACUCUGUUUGUGGGCACACACACCCAUGCACACAUGCACCCUCGUGGCAUGGAGACACUCUCCGCCGCUGGCACGGAGCCCACAAUAAUCCACCAUGUGGAAGUGUGGCGUGAUCAAGAAAAGAAAGAAAACUGAAUGGAACAAGUUGUAACUCAUUAAAUAAUUCAUUUGUAGGCAACAAUGAACAUUGAACAUGAAAUCGGCCUUUUAGUUGAAGAGAUUCGGAGACUGGGGACCAAAAGUAAGUACCUGGAACUUAAGUGGUUAAGAAAGAAAGAAAGACGGUAAUGGUUUAGGCAUCCACCUCACUCUCAAACCGUGGGAGACUGGAUGCACAUCAGUCAAGAUUUCUGCACUUAACUUUCUGAGAACAACUCAAAUGCGAUAGGAUAUGGUUACAAAAUUUGUUCCAGUCUGGAGAAUUCUCUUUAGCACCUCUGUUUUGAGGUUCACCUAUGACUUACAUACUGUAGGAAGUGUCUUCAGAACUCCCAUUUCCAGUUAAUGUUUGUCCAGUUGCCAUUUUCUUGGCUAGCUAUGCUAACAAGAGGAGCAGAGUAUGUGUGUUUGGCUUUCACUGGCAAAGGCAGCUCUGCUCUGCAUUGGCUUCUGUGCUACCUAAAUGUGGAGUAUACAGUGAGGGGAAAAAGUAUUUGAUCCCCUGCUAAAUUUGCCCGUUUGCCCUCUGACGAAGAAAUGACCAGUCCAUAAUUUUAAUGGUAGGUUUAUUGUAGCUGUGAGAGACAGAAUAACAACAGGAAAACCCCCGAAACCCAGAAGAGAAAAGUCCUUCAACUUUGACUGAUGAUAUACACCAGGCACCCUCAACCUUCGGCCCUCCAGAUGUUUUGGACUACAAUUCCCAUCAUCCCGGACCUCAUCAGGAGGCUGGCCUGACUAUUCCAAUAAUUAGAAGUCUUGAUUGGAUUUUAACACUUGCUGUAUCCUUAGAAAGGUCUCUGCAUGUAGUCUAACAUCCCAAAGUCAUCAAAGUAUUUUUCAGAUCUGCUUUUAAAUGAAAACUGUUCACAAGGCACUUUACAGCAAUUCCAAAAACCUAAGUAAAAGCAGUUCAUACAAAGCACAAAAAAAACCAGGACAACUAAAAUAAUAAGACCAAAAGUGUAAAAUCAUGUAUGAAAAUCAUGUAAAAGACAAUUAAUUAAUGCCCGAUGAAAUAAAAAUAUUGUCUAUAAUCACAAUGUAAUUAUUUCUUUUGUCUAGAUCCUGAUGGGACACUGAGCGUGAAGUUUGGUGUGCUCUUUGCUGAUGACAAAUGUGCCAACCUUUUUGAAGCUUUGGUGGGGACUCUUAAAGCUGCAAAACGAAGGAAGAUUGUUAGUUACCCUGGAGAGCUGCUUCUGCAAGGUGUUCAUGACAAUGUUGACAUUUUGUUACUGCAGGAAUAG